AUGACAGGGUUUGGGGUCCUCACGCUGCUGCUGCCCAUCCUGCUGGGCUGGGCCAGCUGCCACCCUGUCCCUGGAAGGAAGAACUUCAACAAGCUGCUGCUGAUCUCCUUCGAUGGCUUCCGCUGGAACUAUGACCAGGAUGUGGACACCCCCAACAUGGACCGCCUGGCCCAGGAGGGCGUGAAGGCCAAGUACCUCACACCACCCUUCGUGACAAUGACGUCCCCGUCUCACUUCACCACCAUCUCAGGUCGCUGGAUUGAAGAUCAUGGAGUCAUUCACAACAUGAUGUUUAACACAGAGACACACUGGAAGUACUCCUUCAAGACCACACAGAAUAAGACUGAAUGGUGGGACAAUGGUGUUCUCCCCCUCUGGAUCACAGCCCAGAGACAGGGGAGGAAGACAGCAUCAUUCCACUAUCCUGGGGGAGGUGCAAAGUACAAAGGGGAGGCUGUCCAGCGGUCCCUGGUGGAGUCUCACACUCACCCAGACAGCAAUGAGACAGAGUGGAGGGAGAACAUCGAUAUUGUCAUGAACUGGUUCACUAAGGAAGACUUUGAUUUUGUGACUCUGUACUAUGGAGAGCCAGAUAACGUGGGACACAAAUUCGGGCCUGAGACGGAGAACAGAAGGGUGAUGAUUCAGCAAAUUGACAGAACCAUCGGGUACCUGGUGGAAGCCAUUAAAAGGCACAGCUUGACCAAGCACCUCAAUGUCAUCAUCACAUCAGACCAUGGCAUGACCACAGUAAAAAAGAGCCCCAAUGUCACUGAGAUCCUCUUGACAAACUACAUCAAGUUCAAGGACUUGGUCAAGUUUGAUAUCGUGGACUAUGGUGGCUUUGGGAUGAUCCUGCCCAAACCAGGGAAAGAGGAAGCUGUUUACCAAGCACUGAAGAAUGCACAUCCUCACCUCAAUGUGUACAAGAAGGAGGAAUUCCCAGAACGCUUCCAUUUUGCUAAACACAAGAGGGUGCUGCCAAUUGUGAUGUACGCCGACUCUGGUUAUAACAUCAAUGGGCAACUAAUAAUAUAUUUCAACAAAGGAGAUCAUGGCUUUGAUAAUGUCUACAUGGACAUGAAGACCAUAUUCAGAGCUUUUGGGCCAGAUUUCAAAAAGAAUCACCUAGCUGAGCCUUUUGACAGCAUCCACAUCUACCCACUCAUGUGUAAGCUCCUGGGGGUUACCCCUGAACCCCAUAACGGCUCCCUGGCAGUCACCCAGGAAAUGCUUGUGCAACAUGAGCACAAUGAGCAGCAGCAGCAGCCAGAUUCAGAUCUGAGAUAUGUGGCCUUAUGA